GACGGCUUUGCAGAGCUGUGCCAUUUGAAUUUCAGCACAGACAUCCACACACUGUGCUCUCCAUUUCUGGCGUGUCUCCCAGCGCAGUUUAGCUGAGGCUCGGGUUUAGUUUUCCCUCCUCUCUCUCUCUCCCUGUAGUGACAGCUUCUCCGGGCUCCGCUAGCCAGGACUCCCGAGCGAUCAUGGAGGAUACUACUUUGCAAAUUAUCGAACCCCCAACUGCCUCUGAAGCCUCUGAGGAGCAAGUGCCUGAAGAACCCAUCAAAUCAGACCAGAUCAAUGGCGUGAUGGUGCUGACCCUGCUGGACAAGAUCAUUGGAGCAGUGGAUCAGAUCCAGCUGACCCAAACACAGCUGGAGGAGAGACAGCAAGAGAUGGACAGCGCAGUGACCAGCAUCCAAGGAGAAUUAACCAAGCUGACAAAGGCACACACCACCACCAGCAACACUGUGAACAAGAUGCUGGAAAAAGUGCGCAAGGUGAGCGUCAACGUGAAAACCGUUCGGCAGAACCUGGAAAAGCAAGCUGGGCAGAUAAAGAAGCUGGAGGCCAACGAAGCGGAGCUGCUCAAACGCAGAAACUUCAAAGUCAUGAUCUACCAGGAUGAAGUGAAGCUCCCGUCCAAGCUGAGCAUCAGCAAGUCUCUGAAGGAGGGUGAAAAGCUGGAGAAGGAAGGCGAGGGCGAGGAGGUGCCUGUGGGUGAGGACCACGCAGAGGAGGACCACAUCCAGCUCUCCUCGGAUGAAGAGGUGGAGGUUGAAGAGAUUAUCGAAGAGUCACGGGCAGAGCGCAUCAAAAGGAGCGGCAUGAAAAGAGUGGAUGACUUUAAGAAGGCGUUCUCAAAGGAGAAGAUGGAGAAGACGAAGCUAAAGACCAAGGAAAACCUGGAGAAGACCCGCCACAACUUGGAGAAGACCCGCCACAACCUGGAGAAGAGGAUGAACAAAUUGGGCACCAAGAUUGUGACUAACGAAAGGAGGGAGAAGAUGAAGAGCUCUCGGGACAAGCUGCGGAAGUCCUUCACCCCUGACCACACCAUCUAUGCCAGGUCCAAGACAGCCGUCUACAAAGUGCCACCCUUCACUUUCCACGUUAAGAAAAUAAGAGAGGGCGAGGUGGAAGUGAAAGCCACGGAGCUGGUGGAGGUCGGUGGAGAGGAGGGAGAAAACUCGGAUCUGCUGCGUGGGGAGAGCCCCGAGAUGCAGACGCUGCUGGAGAUCACGGAGGAGUCCGACGCGGUACUGGUGGACAAGAGCGACAGCGAGUAGGACGGGCUGCAGCGCGGAAGGGUU